UAUUUUCCUGCUUGUCAUAUCUUAUCGUGUACAAAAAAAAACUAGGAAAUAAAAAGAUAGAAAAGCGUUGACAACCUUGUAUAACAUAUCAAAGAGAGUACAUUUUAAAUUUAUAGAGCAAAGUGCAAAUUUUCCCCUUUUUAGUGAUGGCAUACUGCAUCAGCAACUCACAUCAAUCAAAUCAUGACCAAUGGUCAAUGCAAAUAUUUUAUAUCAAACGAUUGAAGCAACGAAAGAAAAAAAAAACGCAAAUCAGCAAAUUCAGCAUUGAGAUUUGAUUGAUGUUACUUCAAUCAUACGUCCGAGCUAUUCAAUCUGUUUUUGUUUAAUGGGCGGUGAUUAUUUUGUUCAGAUUCAUACACAACUCGUGCUAUAUAUUUUUUUUGCUUCUCUCUCUAUCUCUCUUUCACCGUGUCAACUAUUUCAUUUUACAAUAUAUUUUACGACUUCGACGAAAGGUAUGCGUAAUAGUGUCUGUUUCGGUUCGUAUUCGCUAAAACUGCUGUCAAAUUUAUGUUGGAAUGUAAUUUGUAGUGUGAUGUUGAACGAAUUAUAUGUCAUUUAAACGAGCAAAUUUUCGUAUCUAUGGCACAUGACACAAGCCGAAAGGAAAUAAACUGUUUAUAGGCACGUAUUCAACGUAAAAUUCAGCCGAUUCGACCGAUUUUAUUUAUUCAAUUAAUUUACAAAAAUGCUUUACGAUAAGAGAAACAUUAUUAUUAGCACUGGAAACAUUCUGAAUGUUAACAAAAAGGCAGGCCAAAAAACCAACGAAGAAUUAUUCGAUUGCCUAAGUUUGAUAGCAUCAGAUCCGGUGAUUGACGUCAAAGCUGGCAUAAUAGCGCGAAACAAUGACGAUUUGCUGGUGAAAGUAAAAGAAUUUGAACGAAAUAACAUUAAAAUUGGCGCUAAAGUAUUUCUAAAUCAUUCGAAUCCGAAUCUAUUGCAUGAUGCAAUCGAUAGUUUGUUGAAAUUGCUUGAGAUUGAUCAUUUGGAUAAUUUAAUAUUGGCCUAUCAUCCAUUGAACGAAACAAAUGGCAUCGAAAAAUCAAAUGGCCAUCAAAAUGGUACAUCACUCGGUUCGUCAUUGUCGAAAGACAGUCUUUUCACCUGGAGUGAGAAUCCAACGGCCGUUGAUGAGUUGAAAAUUUUAUGGCAAGCCCUUGAAACGUAUGCAGACGAUAAACGAAUUUGUCAAUUGGGCAUUGCUGAUUUGGAUACGGACACACUUAUCAAUUUGUAUGCGUCGUCUCGUGUUAAACCGGCCAUUUCACAGAUCAAUUUAAGCGCUUGUUGUGUUGUGCCGCCAUCAAUGCAGGAAUUUUGUGCAAAAAAUGAAAUUCAACUUCUGACACACAGCGAUUCCGAAGUGAUUAUCGCAAAAAAUUCAUUCAAAGAAUUGAAUAAUGAACCUUUCAACCUUCAACCAUUCACACCGACAUGGACAUCACGCUAUCAAGUACACAUAAAAUGUCGUGGCGUUUUAACGGCCAAAGGAUUUUUAUUGGGCGCGGCACGUAAUUGAAUUGACUUUUAUUGAAUGGCAAACAUGCCUUUUCAACACUGCACUUCGUCAAUUUUACUCUAACAAUUCCAAACAAAAUGUAUAACAUUUUCGAUGGAUCGAUUCGUGAUUGUGGACUUCAAUUCAGUGAGAAUGUGUCUUUUAAAAAAAAAUGUUUUUAAAAUCAAUUGGUGCCACCAAUAUGAAGAGAGAGAGAAAAAAAAACUUUGGCACGAUGAAAUUUAUUUCAAACUUUUAUUAACCAAAAAAUAUAUAUAUAUGCAAAAUAUAACUAGUAGUACGUGCAAUUGAAAAAGCGAGUAAAUCGUUACUUUUAUCAUUGUAUUGACAGUGAAUUCAGUUUACUCGUGAAUUGCAUUUGUUUGACGAAUGACAAAGCCAGCUAACCUGUCUUUAGAACAACAACAACAAAAAAGAACGAAUUUGAUUUCAUCUUUAAGAUAGUAUUACUAGAUUUUAUUACAAUGCAAUAGAAUUCAAUUGUUAGAUUUAUCAACAACGAUCACAAUAGCACAAUCCAAUGCCAUUGAUGGUUUAAUAAACAAAAAAUCAGUUCAAA